AUGGUGGCGGCGGGCUGGGGGGCGGCGGUGAGGGCGGCGGCGGUGAGGGCGGCGGCGGGCUCGGCGGAGGCGGCGAGGGCGGUGGUGGCGAGGGCGGCGGUGGGCUGGGUGGCGGCGGCGAGGGCGGCGGUGGGCUGGGGGGCGGCGAUGGAGGCGGCGAGGGCGGUGGCGGCGAGGGCGGCGGCGGGCUUGGGGGCGGUGGGCUCGGGGGCGGCGGCGAGGGCGGCGGCGGGCUCGGAGGCGGCGGCGAGGGCGGCGGUGGCGAGGGCGGCGGCGGGCUUGGCGGCGGCGAUGGAGGUGGCGACGGUGGCGGCGGCGAGGGCGGGGGUGGGCUUGGCGGUGGCGGCGAGGGUGGCGGCGAGGGCGGCGGCGGGCUCGGGGGCGGUGGCGACGGAGGCGGCGGCGAGGGCUGGGGUGGGCUUGGCGGUGGCGGCGAGGGUGGCGGGGACGGUGGUGGCGACGGCGGAGGAGGCGACGGCGGAGGCGAGGGUGGCGGCGAGGGUGGCGGCGGGAACGGAGGGGGCGCGGGCGGCGAGGGUGGCGAUGGCGGUUUUCCGGGCGGAGGAGGAGGAGACGGUGGCGGCGGUGAGGGUGGCGGCGGCGAAG